AGCUUCCCGUUAGACUUCACCGCCGUCGAGGGGAACAUGGACAACUUUAUGACCCAAAUUAAAAACCUGGCGCAGUCGCUGUACCCGUGCUCGGCGCAGAAGCUGGACCAGGACAUGAGGCUGCACUUCUUGGACAAUUCCUCUGCGACGUGUAACGAUGGAUCCCCAGCUGGGUACUACAUCAGGGACUCUAAAGGCAGCAGGAGGUGGCUGAUAUUCCUGGAGGGUGGAUGGUACUGUUUCAACAGACAGACUUGUGACACCAGGUACCAGACAAUGAGGAGACUCAUGAGCUCCCUCAAGUGGCCACGCACCAGAACAGGUACAGGUAUUCUGUCUCCUCAACCAGAGGAGAACCCCUAUUGGUGGAAUGCCAACAUGGUGUUCAUCCCAUACUGCUCUAGUGAUGCCUGGAGUGGAGCCUCAGCAAAGACUGACCAAAGUGACUAUGCGUUCAUGGGCUCAGUGAUCAUUAAGGAGGUGGUUAAUGAGCUGCUUACUAAAGGACUGGACAGCGCUAAGGUCCUGCUACUGGCUGGGAGCAGUGCGGGGGGUACAGGUGUACUCCUGAACGUGGACCGUGUGGCGGAGCACCUGGAGUCCCGGGGACACAGGGAGAUUCAGGUCCGGGGUCUGGCUGACUCUGGCUGGUUCCUGGAUAACAAGCAGUACAGAUCUACAGACUGUCACAGCACCAUCAGCUGUGACCCUACUGAGGCUAUCAGGAGAGGAAUCAGGUACUGGGGUAGUGUGGUGCCAGAGAGCUGCAGACAGACUCACAUAGGAGAGGAGUGGAACUGCUUCUUCGGAUAUAAAGUCUACCCCACACUCAAGAGUCCAGUGUUUGUGGUCCAGUGGUUAUUUGAUGAGGCCCAGUUAACAGUAGAUAACAUCCACCUGACUGGUCAUCCGGUCCACGAGGGACAAUGGAGAUAUAUACAGAAUCUGGGCAACGAGCUGAGGAACACACUCAAAGACGUCCCGGCCCUGUUUGCUCCAGCCUGCCUAUCCCACGAGGUCAUCACCAGGAAUUACUGGAUGGACAUCCAAGUCAAAGGAACCUCCCUCCCCAGAGCCCUACACUGCUGGGACCGUGGUCUCCACGACAACAACCUCCACCAAAGAUCCUCCAACAACACCCAUAGCAACAAUCCUAACCCCACCCCCAACAAGGCUCUGCCCCCAGCUUCGCCUCCAAGGGGCUGUCCUCUGCGUCUGAUUGACAGCUGCCCCUGGCCUCACUGUAAUCCCACCUGUCCCACUAUACGGGAUCAGAUCACCGGACAGGAAAUGAGCGUGAUCCAGUUCCUGAAACACAUGGGGUUUGAUGUUGCCAAGAUGGCCCAGCAACAGGGCAUGGACGCAGGGAAACUGCUGGGGAUGCUGAAUAACGGGAACUGA